AUGCCUUGCCAAGAUCAUGACAGGGAGAAAGGCUUUCCACCUAUACAAACUCUUCAAAGAUUCCCUAAAGAGGAGCUUUCUGCAAAAGUUGUCAUGGUCAGAUUUGAUUCUUCCAUCCUGCUUCACCAGGAUCUGGACGAAUCUGUCUCAAAAAUUUCCAAUGCACUAUUAACUAUUAAAUACAUAUAUGAAGCCGUAGCAAAGGUAGUUUUGGCUAGUAGUUGGACAAUCAAAUGCAACUCCAAGGUUUUAUCUGAAGAGACUGUUGCAGAAUUCCUUUCAUCAGUGCUCAAAUUGAAGGUUCUCCCUAGUCAAUGCUUUUAUGAACACCAGCAGCCAAAUUUGGAGAAAGUUGAGGAAGUAGAUAUCAUUCUUCUUGAAAAUCUUUCAAACUACAAACAAGAACUUGCCAACAACUCAGAAUUUGCUAGGAGAUUAGCUUCCGGGAUAGAUAUUUUUGUCAACGAUUCGUUUUCAACAGCUCACAAAAUUCUUGCAUCAACUGUUGGAGUUACCCAGUUUUGUUAUGCUUGCCUAGCUGGGUUUUAUUUUGAAGAGUGUUUGGCCAAAUUGAAGACAAUUCCAGAAUGUGAACUGAGUCCCAGUGUUGCAGUGGUAGGAGGAGUAAAUAUUAAGGACAAAGUAAAAGCCUUGCGUGUUUUAGCAUCUAAAUGUGAUGGUUUAGUUUUUGUGGGGAUGAUGGCGCUACAAAUUAUGCAUGUCAUGGGAAAGCCUGUUCCCUUAUAUUUGGUUGAACAUGAAGGAGUCAAAGAGGCUCUAGAAAUAGUGAGGUAUGCUGAAAGUAGAAGCAUACAUAUUCUAUUACCAAGUGAUUUCUUAUGCAAGCAUAAUCACUUGCAGAUGCAAGAAAAAUCAUUUCUUGCUCAUAAUAUCGUGGAUGGUAAGUUUCUCCUAUUUUGAGUUUUCUCUUGCAUUUUGUGU